AGUAAACCACGCUCCACGCAUACACAUACAUAAACCAUGUUUGGGCUUAUAGUUUUUGCUACCAUUGUAGCAGCGAUCGUUAUUUACGAGGUUUUGAAGCUCAUAAGGAGGCCUUCAUUACCUCUGCCACCAGGGCCGAGGCCAUGGCCCAUUGUGGGAAACUUGCCUCAAGUGGGCCGGGCGCCGCACCGGGGCCUGACAGCCUUGGCCCAGACUUAUGGGCCGCUGAUGCACCUCCGCUUCGGCGCCACUGACGUGGUGGUGGCGGCUUCUGCCUCCGUGGCGGAGCAGUUCUUGAAGGUCCACGACACGAAUUUCUGCAACCGGCCCUUAAACUUCAAGACCACAUACUUGACCUAUAACAAACAAGACCUUAUUUUUGCUCCCUACGGCCCACGCUGGCGGUUGCUGCGCAAAAUAAGUGCCCUUCACAUGUUCUCCGGUAAGGCCGUGGAUCAUUUUAGUCAACUGCGACAGGAAGAGGUGGAGAGAUUGAUACGUAAUUUAGCAAGAUCUGAAUCUGAAGCAGUGAACUUGGGACAAUUGUUGAAUGUACAUAUCACCAACACAUUGACAAGGAUAAUGAUAGGACGACGACUUUUCAAUGACAAUGAUAGUUGUGAUCAUAGGGCAAACGAGUUUAAAUCUAUGGUGGUGGAACUUAUGGUAUUGCUUGGAGCUUCCAAUAUUGGAGACUUCAUUCCUAUCUUAAACUGGUUGGACCUUCAAGGAGUGAAAGCUCAAACGAAGAAUUUACAUAAGUGGUUUGAUGUAUUUUUAACCUCUAUUCUUAAGGAACACAAGAUUUCCAGGAAUGAGCAACAACAAGACUUCUUGAGUGCAAUUUUGUCACAUAAAGAAACUCCUGAAGAAGGAGGUGAAUUGCUUGAACCAGAGAUCAAAGCAAUAUUUGCGGACAUGUUAAUUGCUGGGACAGACACAUCAUCAAGCACAAUAGAAUGGGCAAUUGCAGAACUAAUUAGGAACCCACAAAUUAUGGUUAAGGUCCAACAAGAGUUAAAUAUUGUUGUGGGUCGAGAUAGGCUUGUAACUGAACUAGAUUUACCCUACCUUUCUUACUUACAAGCCGUGGUGAAGGAAACAUUACGUCUCCACCCACCAACCCCCAUUUCCCUCCCACGAAUUGCUGAAGAAAGUUGUGAGAUAUUCGGUUACCGCAUCCCUAAAGGUGCAACUCUUUUGGUCAAUAUUUGGGCCAUUGGACGUGACCCAAGGGAAUGGCUUAACCCAUUAGAGUUCAAGCCUGAAAGGUUUCUCCCUAAUAGUGAGAAGGCUAGUAUAGAUGUUAAAGGCAAUAGCUUUGAAGUUAUACCUUUUGGUGCUGGGCGUAGAAUGUGUGUUGGUGUGAGCCUAGGUCUAAAGCUAGUUCAAUUACUCGUUGCUACCCUGGCCCACACAUUUGAUUGGGAGUUAGAGAAUGGAAAUGACCCCAAAAAGCUCAACAUGGACGAAGCAUUUGGGAUCACCCUUCAAAGAGCAGAGCCUUUAUUUGCCCACCCUCGCCCUAGGCUUUCACAACAUGUGUAUUCAUCAUUAUCAUCAUCAUUACUUGAAAUUUAG